AUGUUCUUCAUCGCAGCUCUCCUCUACGCUCUGCUCGCUGUCGUCAGUCUGGGUAACGCGGCGCCGGCGCCCGUCAACAGCGGAGACGGUACCUUUUUCACGCCCGGCUUAGGAGCAUGUGGGUAUAACAACAACGAGUCCGAGCACGUCGCCGCUGUAUCGCACCAGUUCUUCGAUAGCUUUGGCGGAGGUUCCUCAAAUCCGAACGACGCCCCAAUCUGCGGCAAGAUGGCCACCCUUCACUACGGCGGCAAGACUACGACAGUCCAGAUCGUGGACAGGUGCGCAGGCUGCUCCGGCCCGAGCGACGUCGACAUGGCACCGGCAGCCUUCAAUGAUCUUGCGGAUCCCUCUGUAGGUCGUAUCCAGAUUACUUGGACGAUCAACUAG